GUUUUGUUUGUUGACCAAAAAAAAAAAAGCAUGAACGCGACCCGCAGCCGCUACGUCAUAGACACGCGUCGGUGUUUUUGUUGAGGCGCCUCUGUGUUAGUUUGCUGUUUUCACCAUGGUAGUGUUUCCAAGUUCACUGACGGAGGAAGAAGAGGCUCUGCAGAAGAAAUAUGCUAAACUCAAGAAAAAGAAAAAGGCGCUGCUUGCCUUGAAGAAGCAGAGUUCAACUAACCAGACAAACCAGAGUGGAUUGAAACGGACUUUGUCGGACCAGCCUGUUGUUGACACGGCAACGGCGACAGAGCAAGCAAAGAUGCUGAUCAAGACGGGUGCCAUCAGUGCCAUUAAGUCAGAGAACAAGAACUCAGGCUUUAAACGCUCUCGAAUGCUGGAAAUUAAACUCAAGGACCCUGAGAAAGGCCAGAUUCCUGCGUUCUUACCAUUCCAAAGGAGUGUCUCCGCAGAUGAAGAACAACCUGAGUCUGGGAAAAGAGCCCAAAGGAAGUCUCUUUACGAGAGCUUUGUCAGCUCAAAAGACCGAUACCGGGAUGAGGAGGAGGGAGGCAGCACGGCACCCGGUCGCGAAACUGACCGAGAAAAAGAGCGGGACCGAGAGCCGGAUCGAGACAGAGAUCGGGAAAGGGAAAUGGAUAGAGACAGAGAACGAGACAGAGAACGAGACCGGGACCAGGAAAGAAAAGAGAAGAGACCGAAGCAGAGACCAGAUCGAGAACGCGACAGGGAGGACAGAGAAAGAGAAAGAGAAAGAGAAAGAGAUGCUCCGUUCAGACGUUCAGAUUCGUACCCGGAGCGGAGAGGGGUACGAAAGGGGAAUACGGUGUACGUGUACGGCUCUGGGCUCGGCGAGGACAACCUGCGCUCUUCUUUCUCUCAACAUGGAAACAUCAGCCUCUCCAUGGACAAUCCACGCAAUUGUGCGUUCAUUACUUUCGAGAAGAUGGAGUCUGCAGACCAGCUUAUUAAUGAAAUAAAACCUCACUUUGUCUCUCAGUUGAAUGGGGCCAUGGUGGGAGACGUUCACAUUAAAGUCAGCAUCGCCAGGAAGCAGCCCAUGCUGGAUGCUGCCACUGGGAAAUCAGUCUGGGCUUCACUGGCUGUGCAGAACAGCACAAAAGGCUCCUACAGAGACAAGAGGAAUCAAGUCGUGUACAAUGAAGAUUUCUUGUGACCGAAAAAAAAAAAAAAUCUGUUUCUUAUUUUUGACAUAGCUAUUCACGUUUGUUUUAAUGUUAGCCAGCUGCUUAAAGUAUUUGUGUUCUCAUCUGUUGUCUUGUUCGACGAGUGAUGCUGCGUGGCUCAUGAAACUAGAGAUGCUGUUUUGAACUCAAUAAAAGGUUCUCAUGCAUUGUUA